AUGCGCGGAUGGUUCAACCGCCGCUGCGGCUGGUGGGGAGAGGGGGAGGAGGAGGAGGAGGAGGAGGAGGAGGAGGAGGAGGAGGAGGAGGAGGAGGAGGAGGAGGAGGAGGAGGAGGAGGAGGAGGAGGAGGAGGAGGAGGAGGAGGAGGAGGAGGAGGAGGAGGAGGAGGAGGAGGAGGAGGAGGAGGAGGAGGAGGAGGAGGAGGAGGAGGAGGAGGAGGAGGAGGAGGAGGAGGAGGAGGAGGAGGAGGAGGAGGAGGAGGAGGAGGAGGAGCAGGGAGACGGCGGCAGACAGGGAGCCUGGGGGACGACGGAUGCCGAGGGGGCGCCACACGCGACGACACGCGAUAGUGGCGUGGGGAGAGGCGUGCCAGC